CACUUGACCAACUUGUUGUCAAGCAGACAAUCACCAAGAUCAAACGGGCGAUUUCCGCACAAAUAAACCUCCACUCUCCAGACUCCAGCCUCCACCUAUAACAUUUAAUUUGUUCCCCAGGCCGUAGGACACGCCACUAAUCAACAACACUAUACCAAUAUAGGCAACACGUACUUGUUUGUUGUUGAAAAUCUAAUUCAAAGACAAGAAAGAGGAGAGAGAAAAGGAAAGGAAAUGGAAGAAGGGAUAGGAGGAGGAUUUGAGGGUUUAGGGGAUUUAGCAAUUCAUGUAAUCCUCUCAAAAUUAGACCCAAAUGAAACUGCUAUUGUUUCUUGUGUUAGCAAGAGAUUCAGGGAUUGGACUUCUGAUGAUUACUUUUGGUCUCUUUAUUCUUCCAAUGACCUUAAUCUCUCUUCCCCCAUUGACCCUUUUGGAUCCCCAGCUCCCUCCUUCAAGGUAGCUUAUCAACUAUGGAGGGAAGCUUUCAGUAUGUAUUCUUGGCCUCUUGUCAAACGUGUCAAAAGGUGUUGGGAUAGUCUUAAAAGUUGGUUGGGAAGCAAUUUUCCAGAGGUGCUAGCAACUUUGAGAAAGGGUGCUUCUGAGGAGGAGUUGAAUGAAGUGGAAAUACGCUUAAAAGUGAAGUUGCCACUUCCUACAAGAUUACUUUAUCGCUUCCAUGAUGGUCAGGAAUUUUCAGAGAACCUGUUGGGUCUUAUUGGAGGGUACUCUGUGUAUAGGCACCUGGUGAAUGUGAAUUUACUACCGCUAAGGCAUGCUGCUUUGGAGUCGCAGCGUAUAACACAAGACUUAAAUUUUUCACAUGCAUCCAAGUUUAUUGCUGUAGCGUCCUCUAUUACAGCAAAUGAAAAGAUCUUCUGCCUCAAUUGUGCCAAUAAUCAACUUUAUGUUGGCACCACUUUGCUUAGAGAAGACGGGGAAAUGAUGCCUUGUGUUCCUGAUACAUUAUUGAAUUCUAGUAGUAAUCAACAAUGUGAUGGAUUAUUAUUGUGGUUGGAGGAGCAUAGUCGUCGUUUGCACAGUGGUAUGAUAACGGUUGUUGAGAAAGGUAAUCAGAAGAUCAUUAGUCAGUUUCCAGAUAAACCACCUCUCUGCUCCACUGCUGUGACAAAUGGUGUACAGGUACGCGCAUCUGCUGUUCUUGUUCCUGAAAAGAGUGACCUUGGAAGUCCAGAAUUCUUGUUUGCUUACUCAAUCCGGAUGUCCCUUUUACCUGAGGGGUGUAAAUCACAUGGAAUGACAUAUGACUCUUGUCAGCUGUACCGGAGACGUUGGAUCAUCCGAGAAAACGAGGUUGUAAAGCAUGAUGUUGACGGAGAAGCUGUUAUAGGAAAGUACCCUUUGCUGUUUGCCGGUGAGAAAGAAUUUGUGUACGAGAGCUGCUCAAAACAGCAAUGUACACCUGGCUCCAUUGAAGGUUCUUUUACAUAUGUCCCUGGAAGAUUGGCUGCGCCAAAAGGUGAAGAAUUUGAGGUUGGAGUGGCACGCUUUCCUCUUGUGAAGCCGGAGUAUAUUUUCUGAUGGACACUUCUGCCAAAAAUAAGUUCCAUGACUCCAAAACUCAUCAUCCAUCAUUGUAUAAUUAGAAUUUUCAUUUGUUUGUGUUUUGUUUUCAUAGUUCCUCAUGCUUUGUUUUUCUCUCUGUUUCAUAAAAAAGCUCAAGCACAACCCAAGUUUUGGGUGCUUUUUGUGCUACAAUUUAUGGAAUGAUUGCUUAUUUGUUGCCUUGUAUACUCAAGUGGGGUACCUAUUUCAGUAUUUCUUAAGCUCA